UUUCAACUGUUGUAUCACAAGAUCCUGGAACGAACUCACGAUGUCCUACGCCGACCACCCCAUCUCACCUCAAUCCCCUGCAACCAUGUCUUCCCCCCGACGUCUCACAAAUAGGAACACGAACCGGUACAGCGUCACCGCCCUCUUUUCCAUGGCGGCGGAACAGGAUGUCGAGGUGGAAGAUGAGUUGGGCCGAGCCCAAAAACGUCUACGAGAACUCAAGUCACGCAUAUCUGCGCAGUCCAAGCGCAACUUCGUGCUUGAGCGUGACGUCCGCUUCCUCGAUUCCCGUAUAGGACUCCUUAUCCAGAACCGUAUGGCGCUUGACGAACAACACGAGGUCGAAAAACAUCUUGAAGAGGUUGACCCCACCGAGGGCCACUUCCCCGAUGACCGAAAAAUGCAGCAGUAUUCCAACCUUUUCUUCCUUCUGCAAUCCGAACCGCGACACAUAGCCUCCCUCUGCCGUCUCGUCAGUCUUUCUGAAAUCGACACCCUGCUGCAAACGGUCAUGUUCACACUGUACGGAAACCAAUACGAGAGCCGAGAAGAGCACUUGCUUCUCACCAUGUUCCAGUCCGUCCUUUCCUCCCAGUUCGAGACGGCGACAGAGUUUGGGUCUCUCCUUCGGGCAAACACCCCCGUCUCCCGGAUGAUGACGACGUAUACCCGCCGAGGACCAGGUCAGAGCUAUCUCAAGAGCGUCCUCGCCGAGCGUAUCAACAGUCUUAUCGAACACAAGGACCUUAACCUCGAGAUUAACCCCGUCAAGGUGUAUGAGCAGAUGGUCAUCCAGAUUGAGGAGGAGACAGGUGCUUUGCCACCCAAUCUUCCCCGUGGCGUGCCUCCAGAAAUAGCAGCCGAGAAUAGCGACGUCCAGGCGAUCAUCGCACCACGGCUGACAAUGCUCAUGGAGAUUGCAAAUAGCUUCCUCGUUACCAUCAUCGAGAGUAUGGAGAGUGUGCCAUACGGUAUUCGGUGGAUAUGCAAGCAGAUCCGUAGUCUCACAAGACGGAAAUACCCAGACGCGACCGACUAUGCUAUUUGCUCUCUAAUUGGAGGCUUCUUUUUCCUGCGGUUCAUUAAUCCCGCUGUUGUCACACCGCAAGCCUAUAUGCUUGUCGAUGGUGUGCCGGCCAAGUUCCCCAGGCGGACAUUAACUCUCAUUGCCAAGAUGCUGCAGAACCUUGCAAACAAGCCGUCAUAUGCCAAGGAAGCGUACAUGAUCACCCUCAACCCCUUCGUCGAGAAUAACAAGGCCCGCAUCAACCAGUUCCUGAACAAUCUGUGUGAGGUGCCUGACUUCUACGACACCCUCGAGAUGGACCAAUAUAUGGCACUGUCGAAGAAGGACCUGCUCAUCCAUAUAACGUUAAACGAGUUGUACAACACUCAUUCGCUCAUCUUGCAGCAUAUCGAGGUCUUGGCUCCGAACGACAAGCAGCACCUACGCAUUCUCACGGAUGAACUAGGGCAGGCACCAGGACAGGUUCCUCGCAAAGAGAAUCGGACCGUCGAGCUUCAGCUGUACAGCCGCUGGGAAACACCGAUUCAGGACAUCCAGAAUGCACUCAUGGAUGCCGUCUCCUCUAGCGAAAUGCUGUAUAUGGAGACGAAGUCGAUCUUCGUCCAGCUCAUCCGUAGUCUUCCGCAUGCAGCCGAUAAACGACCAUACAACCUCUCGGCAAUAGCGGAGCGAGCCGCGACAACGAAGGACGCGACGCUUGUGCGGAAAGGCAUCAAGGUCAAGGAGAUGCUUCGCGAACUCGAGGAGCAGAAGAUCGUCGACCGCUCCGACGUCUACCGGCUUAUGGAGGAGGAAGUCGCUCAGGAGCUGAUCCACCUGGGUAACCUUCGGGAGAAGGUCCUUGCCGAGACUAAGUCGCUCGACGCAGUCUACAAGACGAUCUGCGAUCACAAUAACUAUCUCCGCGGCCAGCUCGAGCAGUACAAGGCGUAUUUACAAAAUGUGCGCCUCACAGCGUUGAAGGACAAAGGCGCAAGUACGGGAGUCGGCGUCGUGACCGUUGGCGGGAAGGAGAAAAAGCCUGCGAAGCCGCAAGUCCUGGGUCCAUACCGGUUCACGCACGCGCAGUUGGAGAAGGAAGGUAUUAUUGUAGAGAGUAAUGUCCCUGAUAAUCGACGGCCGAAUAUUUAUUUCAAUAUCACUUCGCCCACGCCAGGCACGUUCAUCAUCGCUUUGCAUUACAAAGGCAGAGAGAAAGCCAUCCUCGAAAUGGAUCUCAACAUUGACGAUCUACUAGAGAAGCAAAAAGACAACAAGCAUCUCCUGGAUCUGGAAUACGUGCAGCUUAACGUACCCAAGGUGUUGGGCCUGCUGAACAAGGUUUUCACUAAGCGAUGACUUCAUCCUCUUAUCCUGUAUUGUCUACGCGCUGGCAGGCUCUUUUUCAUUCUUUCGUCUGGUCAGUCUCUUUCGUGGUCUCUUUUUGUCUCUUCCUCCUGUUCGAUGCCCAGCUGUCUUCACGUUCGAUGAGUUAUUUAUCCUCCUUCCAUUUCCGCGAUCGCUGAAUUAUCAGGAUGUAUUAUCUUAUGUCUGUCUCGAAGUAUAGAGCUAGUAUUCGCCUCCCGUCAUAUACCUUAGCAAGUA